AUGCUGAGCAAAACUCCCCUAAAUAAGGAUCCCAAGGCUGCGGAAAGCUGGCUUAUGCUGGAAGGGUUGAAAGAAGCGGAUGAAGGUCCCUUGACCCAGGACUAUGAAUCUGCGAAGCUGAGAGAAAGCAGCGGUAAAGAGUGCUUCCUGGGUGACGCAUACCAGCGUCGUCCAAUGACCCUGUUCGAACGACAGCCUGGUGCCGCCGAAUAUGAUAAAAAUGGCGUUGCAAAGCCGAUUCUUUCUCGCAUCCUCAUUUGGAACGCUGUGGUCAUUUUUGUACCUAUUGUGCUGGUGGUGUUCUUUGGGGUUGUUCUGAAUGGAAGCACGCAAUCCUUCGCACCAUUUCCCCCUAAGAACUACUUUGCCAUAGCAGUCGCCUGGAGUCUGGUCAGCAGUGCAAUAUUGGGCUGGUACAUCGGAUUACUUGGCGGAUCAAAGACAGAGGCAGAGGUAGCGGCAGGCUUGCUCGCGACUAUGGCUCUCUGGCUGGUGUGA